GGGGGCUGGCCUGGCCGCGGCGCGGGGGAAAGUUGAGUUGGGAGAAGUUGGGAGCUGCGGGGACGUGCCCCGAGGUGGGCACCGGGCAGCGGGCGGGAACGCGCGAGGGCGCCGGAGGACGCGGGGAGCCCCCGAGACCCCCGGGGCGCCGAGUCCUGAGCCAGCGGGUUAUGCCGCCUCCCUGUCUCCCUGAAGGCCGCAGUGACAGUGAGAAGGGCUAGGAGCCGGCCAUGAGCAGCGUGCCCAGGCGCCCCGCCGUGGGUGCGGACUCAUUUCACACAACAGAGCCGGAGAGCUUGGGCCCAGAGGCUCCGGGCUUCUCGCUGCCAGAGGAGGAGGAGGAGGACGAGCUUGGGACGCUGGGUGUGGAGCGCUUCGAAGAGAUUCUGCAGGAGACAGCCGCCAGGGGAGGGGAGGAGCCCGGACGCAGCUAUGGGGAGGAGGACUUUGAAUACCACCGGCAGUCCUCACACCACAUCCACCAUCCGCUGUCCACACACCUCCCCCCAGAUGCCCGCCGGCGCAAGACCCCGCAGGGCCCAGGGCGCAAGGCCCGCAGGCGCCCUGGGCCGCCCCCUCCCGGGGAGACCCCUACCAUCGAGGAGGGGGAGGAAGAUGAGGAGGCCAGCGAAGCAGAGGGGGCCCGGGCUGGCCCCCAGCCAUCUCCCGCCUCCACGCCUACUUCUGUCCAGUUCUUUCUCCAGGAAGACGAAGCUGACCGCAGGGUGGAAAAGAGCAGCCCGUCACCCCCUCCUCCGCUGCUGUCCCACCAGGAGGUGAUUCCUCGGGCCACCAAGGGGGCACAGGCCGGAGCCCCUGUGGAUGAGGUGGCGGCCGUGACUGUGGGCACGGCUGGGGGCGAUGAUGGUGGAGCCUCGGGACGCCCCCCGCCCAAGGUGCAGCCCGGGCACCGUAGCUACAACCUGCAGGAGAGGAGGCGGAUUGGGAGCAUGACUGGCACUGAGCAGGCCCUGCUGCCCCGGGUACCCACGGACGAGAGUGAGGCCCAGACACUGGCCACAGCCGACUUGGACCUCAUGAAGAGCCACCGCUUCGAGGAUGUGCCCGGCGUACGCAGACACCUGGUGCGGAAGAACGCCAAGGCGGCGGCCCAGGGAGGCCGGGAGGGCUCCACGCCCGGCCCCACGCCCAGGACCCGACUUCGGGCCCCCCACAAGCCCCACGAGGUGUUUGUGGAGCUGAACGAGCUGAUGCUGGACAAGAACCAGGAGCCGCAGUGGCGGGAGACGGCGCGCUGGAUCAAGUUCGAGGAGGACGUGGAGGAGGAGACGGAGCGCUGGGGAAAGCCGCAUGUAGCCUCCCUGUCGUUCCGCAGCCUCCUGGAGCUGCGCCGGACCCUGGCCCACGGGGCCGUGCUCUUGGAUCUGGACCAGCAGACUCUGCCCGGAGUGGCCCACCAGGUGGUGGAGCAGAUGGUCAUCUCUGACCAGAUCAAGGCCGAGGACAGAGCCAACGUGUUGCGGGCCCUGCUGUUGAAACACAGCCACCCCAGUGACGAAAAGGACUUCUCUUUCCCCCGGAACAUCUCGGCGGGCUCCCUGGGGUCCCUGCUGGGCCAUCACCACGGCCAGGGGGCCGAGAGUGACCCCCAUGUCACUGAGCCCCUCAUCGGAGGGGUCCCCGAGACCCGGCUGGAGGUAGAGCGAGAGCUGCCCACUCCGGCCCCACCCGCCGGCAUCCCCCGCUCCAAGUCCAAGCACGAGCUGAAGCUGCUGGAGAAGAUUCCGGAGAACGCUGAGGCCACCGUGGUCCUCGUGGGCUGCGUGGAGUUCCUGGCGAGGCCCACCAUGGCCUUCGUGCGGCUGCGGGAGGCGGUGGAGCUGGACGCCGUGCUGGAGGUGCCCGUGCCCGUGCGCUUUCUCUUCCUGCUGCUGGGGCCCAGCAGCUCCAACAUGGACUACCACGAGAUCGGACGCUCCAUCUCCACGCUCAUGUCCGACAAGCAAUUCCACGAGGCGGCCUACCUGGCGGACGAGCGGGAGGACCUGCUGACGGCCAUCAACGCCUUCCUGGACUGCAGCGUGGUGCUGCCGCCCUCCGAGGUGCAGGGGGAGGAGCUGCUGCGCUCGGUCGCCCACUUCCAGCGCCAGAUGCUCAAGAAGCGGGAGGAGCAGGGACGACUGCUGCCCCCCGGGGCCACGCUGGAGCCCAAGUCCCCGCAGGAUAAGGCUCUCCUGCAGAUGGUAGAAGUGGCAGGGGCGGCAGAGGACGAGGACGACCCCCUUCGUCGGACGGGCCGGCCCUUCGGGGGGCUGAUCCGGGACGUGCGGCGCCGGUACCCCCACUACCUGAGCGACUUCCGGGAUGCGCUGGACCCCCAGUGCCUGGCCGCUGUCAUCUUCAUCUACUUCGCCGCCCUGUCCCCCGCCAUCACCUUUGGGGGGCUGCUGGGGGAGAAGACACAGGACCUGAUCGGGGUGUCUGAGCUGAUCGUGUCCACGGCCCUGCAGGGCGUCAUCUUCUGCCUGCUGGGGGCACAGCCCCUGCUGGUCAUCGGCUUCUCGGGGCCCCUGCUGGUGUUUGAGGAGGCCUUCUUCACGUUCUGCAGCAGCAACGGGCUGGAGUACCUGGUGGGCCGCGUGUGGAUCGGCUUCUGGCUGGUGCUGCUGGUGCUGCUCAUGGUGGCCCUGGAGGGCAGCUUCCUGGUGCGCUUCGUGUCCCGCUUCACACAGGAGAUCUUUGCCUUCCUCAUCUCGCUCAUCUUCAUCUACGAGACCUUCUACAAGCUGGUCAAGAUCUUCCAGGAGCACCCGCUGCAUGGCUGCAUGGUCUCCAACAGCUCCCAGGACAACGGCAGCCUGGAGAAUGCGACCUGGGCGGGGCUCUCUCCGUCGCCCAUGUCCCUCCUGCUGGACAACGGGAGCUCCGCCACGGGGCUGGCGGGUGGCCCUGGGGAGGCCCGACCCCGCGGGCAGCCCAACACGGCCUUGCUGUCAUUGGUGCUCAUGGCGGGCACCUUCUUCAUCGCCUUCUUCCUGCGGAAGUUCAAGAACAGCCGCUUCUUCCCAGGCCGGGUGCGACGGGUGAUUGGCGACUUCGGGGUCCCCAUCGCCAUCCUUAUCAUGGUGCUUGUGGAUUACAGUAUUGAGGACACCUACACCCAGAAGCUGAGCGUGCCCAGUGGAUUCUCAGUCACAGCCCCCAAGAAGCGGGGCUGGGUCAUCAACCCGCUGGGGGAGCACAGCGCCUUCCCCGUGUGGAUGAUGGUGGCCAGCCUGCUGCCCGCGCUCCUGGUCUUCAUCCUCAUCUUCAUGGAGACGCAGAUCACCACGCUCAUCAUCUCCAAGAAGGAGCGCAUGCUGCAGAAGGGCUCAGGCUUCCACCUGGACCUGCUUCUCAUCGUGGGCAUGGGUGGCAUCUGUGCCCUCUUCGGCCUGCCCUGGCUGGCUGCCGCCACCGUCCGCUCCGUCACGCACGCCAAUGCCCUGACCGUCAUGAGCAAGGCCGUGGCGCCGGGCGACAGGCCCAAGAUCCAGGAGAUCAAAGAGCAGCGGGUGACCGGGCUCCUGGUGUCCGUGCUUGUGGGCCUGUCCAUCGUGAUCGGGGACCUCCUGCGGCAGAUCCCGCUGGCCGUGCUCUUCGGCAUCUUCCUGUACAUGGGGGUGACCUCCCUCAACGGGAUCCAGUUCUACGAGCGGCUGCACCUGCUGCUCAUGCCGCCCAAGCACCACCCAGACGUCACCUACGUGAAGAAGGUGCGGACCCUGCGCAUGCACCUGUUCACGGCCCUGCAGCUCUUCUGCCUGGCGUUGCUCUGGGCCGUCAUGUCCACAGCAGCCUCCCUGGCCUUCCCCUUCAUCCUCAUCCUCACCGUGCCGCUGCGCAGAGUGGUGCUCACCCGCAUCUUCACAGAGCGCGAGAUGAAAUGCCUGGACGCUGACGAGGCCGAGCCCGUGUUUGACGAGCGGGAGGGCGUGGACGAGUACAACGAGAUGCCCAUGCCCGUGUAGCUGCCGCACAGACAGACUGACGGACGGGGCUGCUCCCCACCCCUCCCUCCUCGUUUUUAUUUAAGUGAAUAAUUUAAAGUCCCCUGCAGUAAAGAGCUUCGG